AUGGACCAUGAGCACGCCGAGACGUCCUCGCCCAUAUCCCAUCCCAUAUUCUCCCCUGGACCUUCUCCGUUUGACGCGCAGACAUGGUCUCCUAUGCCGAACGAAGUCGGGCCUUCGACGCUUUUCGCAACGCCAACAGCUCACCAACCAACAACAACGACAUUGGCAGAGGUUCCAUCAAAGACCCUACUAAGGAAGAAAAGAUGCGUAACAAGCCAGGUUACGAGCACUUGA